AUGGCCUCCGUAAAGUUUGCUGUUGUUGAUGCGAACGAUUAUUUAUCAAAAAAACAGGCUUCGGAUCCCGAAUUAGCCUCAGAUUGGGCCAAGUUAGAAGAACUAUAUAAUAAGAAAUUAUGGCACCAACUUACAUUAAAACUUCAAGAAUUCGUAAAGCACCCCUCACUGCAGAGCGGCGACAACUUGAUCCAGCUUUACAACAACUUCCUAGCUAUAUUUGAGAACAAAAUCAAUCCACUCUCCUUGGUAGAGAUAGUUGCACACAUUGUAGCUCAGUACGCAGACAAGAGAGAAGCAGUGGCAUUCCUUGAAAAAAUUGAAGCUAAAGUCAAAAUGAAUGCCGAGGCCCUCGCUCUGUGUAAGGUCCUGCAAGGCCAAAUCUAUCUAGAACAUCUAAACGAUCUUGAUGCUACCGAGAAAAUAAUUGAUGUCCUCGAGAACACAUUGGAGGAUGCCGACGGGGUCACACCGGUACACGGACGAUUUUACAAACUGGCUUCGGAGUAUUACAGAGUCCGUGGCCCAAUGGCUCGUUACUACGUAGCAGCGCUCCGCUACGUAGGAUGUGCGGGUGGAGGGGCGGAGCUCCCUUUACACGAGCGACGCGCCGCAGCCCUACGACUAGCGCUUGCCGCUGUACUAGCACCCACCGUGUACGAUCUGGGUGAACUGUUGGCUCAUCCAAUCUUGGAGUCACUCGAAGGUACUCCGGACUCGUGGGCCUGUGACCUGGUAAAAGCAGUUGCAGCCGGUGAUGUGGUCGCCUUUGAGAAGAUUAGAGCACAAUCUCCUCACCAAGAACUACAUCGGGCUGAUCGUCAGUUGAGACAGAAGAUUGCUAUACUGUGUCUCAUGGAGAUGGCGUUCAACCGUUCAUCUACUCAAAGGAAGUUGACGUUUGCUGAGAUAGCUCGAGCUGCCCGAGUGCCUGCCUCGGAUGUGGAACUACUGGUGAUGAAGGCACUCGCUGAAAAACUUGUCCGAGGACAUAUUGAUCAGGUGAACGAGACAGUUAGUAUAACGUGGGUGCGAGCCAGGGCUUUAGGCAGGGCUGGCGCAGGGCGGCUUGCAGCUCGACUUGACGCGUGGUGCGCGGCCGCUGCAGCCGCUGAGGGACUACUACAGAGAACAGCCCCGGAUUUACUCACACUGUAG